UCCAAUUUUGCCCCUCCUUAUAAACUUUAAAAAACUAAGGCAGACAAAGUUUUCCACCGAAGGAGGGCUUUGCACUGGCCAAGGCUAUUACGAAGGAAGCUUUAACUGUUGCCGCCACUUUGCUACUUCCGAUGACGAAGCCAUCGAGAUCCUCCAAGCCUUUUCCAUAGAGGUCAGCAAAUGCUUGCUCGACGCCGUCAAAUCCGGGCUGAUUCAUUAUGGAAAUUGGCUAAAAUUAAAGAUUGCUCGAUGCCGUCACCGUCGAUUCAUAAUGAAAAUGGACUGAAUCCAUAUAAAGGUGGGCCGAUGAUGAUUAGAUCUAGGAUUUCAUGGAAGAUGUAAGAGAUGGAGAGAAGGCGAGGAGAGAGUGAGAGAAGGCUAUGAGGCGGAGACAGAAUGGAGGAGAAGAAGAGAGACACUCUCAUUUUCUUUUUUUUCUUCCGCCCUAAAUAGUUCGACCAAACAAAGUUGAUCCGUGUAUCUUUGACUCUAGAAGGUUUGUUUUCAACUUGACGGACGUCUUCAAAGUUCAAACGUAAAACCCAUCUUCUUCUUUGCGUAACUCUCACACUUUCUCUCUCUAUAAAAAAAGAGGGGGCAAAAGUCUGCCAGUCUGGUGAGAAAGGGCCUUCAUCUCCAUCAUCUACCACGUUCUUCUCCCCUGUUUUCCAUUCACCUCUUCGCUUGAUUGCGGCUUUGCAAGGCGGCUCGAUUCGCCAUAAACGCCGCAGCACAGAUAAAAACCGAUCCGGAAAUGGGGACGAAGGCGGCGCUGAUCUAUGCGUUCGUGGCGCGCGGGAACGUGAUACUGGCGGAGCACACCGACUUCAGCGGUAACUUCAACACCAUAGCCUUUCAAUGCCUCCAGAAGCUUCCGGCAUCCAACAAUAAGUUCACCUACAACUGCGACAACCACACCUUCAACUACCUUGUGGAUGACGGUUUCACUUAUUGUGUGGUUGCUGAAGAAUCAUCUGGCCGACAAAUUCCUAUGGCAUAUUUAGAGCGUAUUAAGGAAGAUUUUGUGAAAAAAUAUGGUGGUGGAAAGGCUGCAACUGCUCCUCCUAAUAGCCUUACCAAGGAAUUUGGGUCUAAGUUGAAGGAGCAUAUGAAAUACUGUGUUGAGCAUCCAGAUGAAAUCAGCAAAAUUGCUAAGGUUAAAGCUCAAGUAUCUGAAGUCAAAGGUGUCAUGAUGGAAAAUAUUGAGAAGGUUCUGGACCGUGGGGAAAAGAUUGAGCUUCUUGUGGACAAGACUGAGAAUCUUCAUAAGCAGGCACAAGAUUUUAAGAGCACUGGCACGAAAAUCCGGCGAAAGAUGUGGCUGCAAAACAUGAAGGUGAAGCUGAUAGUAUUGAGCAUUGUGAUUGCCUUGAUCCUCAUCAUCGUUCUUUCGGUUUGCCAUGGCUUCAACUGUGGGAAGUGAUCAUGUCUUUUGUGUGGUACAAUAUACUAGUAGAAGGUACAAUAUCGUCUUGCUGUUUAUGAUUUCGAACUCACUUUGUUUUUAAAGGAAGAAGACUGUAGCACUCUGUAUGUAUUAUUUUAAGGGGUGCAGAAAUUCUUUGUUUUGUGGUCCAAACUGAUCUUACUUCUUCAAUCUUAUCUACAUAGUUUUCUGGCAUCAGACAAUGGUUGGUAAUUUUAUACUUUUACCGUGACUCAGGUAAGGUUGUGUACAUCUAAUCCUCUCGUUGAUGGUUUGCCUUUGUUUUACUUUUACGCCCGCAACAUUCGUGUCAACGUUCUCAUUGGUCACGGAUGGCUCCACGAGGACACCGCUCCAAGUUGGGUUUGAUACCACUUGUUAUAGACCAAAUAAGAGAAUUCAUCCCAAAAUAUUUGCUUUUAUUAUCUGUUGUCUAGAUAAAUCUCAUGUUUUGUGAUUGGUUUCAUUUACUAACAAAAUACAGACACAAAUUGUAAUAUCUAAUACAGGCUAAUAGUACUU